CAUAAAAACAAAUGCGCAAAAGGGCAUCUGCGUUAUUGUAAUUACAUUUUUUAGUCAAAAAUUAAAAAAAUGCAAACUAUUUAAUGUAAAUGUGUGAUAGGGUGAACAAGAAGUUACUAGACUAACAAAGAAAGCUUGUUUUUGUAAAACGUUAGUGUCACGAGGUGACCUAAAAUAAGUCACGUGACUUUCAGCCAUUAUGCUAAAGUUACGGAAUCAUGGCUUCGUAUUUACUGGAGACUAAAUUCCUACUAUCUUUUGUUUGAUAUUUAUUAGAAGAUGCCCGGUCCUGUUGAAAGAUGGUUGGGAACAUUUAUGUGUAAACAAUAUGCAGAUACAUUUGAUGCGUAUGGAUUUAAAACUCUCCAAUCGGUAUGUCAGCUACAAUUGUCGCAGUUGCAGGCAAUGGGUGUUUCACACGAUCAUUGUGAAAAAGUACUAGAGAAUGUUCACAUCUUAAGACAGACACUGUUGGGAAGUAUGAACCACUAUUCUGAUCAGUACGGAAGCUUUGAUGCUGGUGGUGGUAGGAUGGCAGGCAUGGGCUAUACAAGUCGAUACGAUGAUGUUAAUGUGGGAGGCAUGGUACCGAACUCUAGUUAUCCUCCAUUAGCACAUGGUUAUGGUGAUCAAAACCACAUGAUGAUGCACCAGCAACACCACCAGUCGCAGCCAAUGGCAGCUCACAGUGGCAUGUACCAGCAGUCACAGCACUACAUGAUGCAGCAGCAACAGCAACAGCAACAGCAGCAGCAGCAGCAACAACACUCAAACACAGCCAGUCAGUACCCACCAUCUUAUGGAAUGCCUGGUUCUGAAAGCCAUGGUCAAAUGGGAAGCAGUGCAUUUUAUGGAAAUGCACCUCAGCAGCAAAUGCCCCAGGCCACUCCUGUUCACCACCACAUGAGGCAGGCACCAUCUGUGAGUACAAGCCCACAGCAGGUGGCUGACAACAUACUGCACAUGGCAUCGGCAUACCCACAGCAGCAGACCGUACAGGUGCCACUGAAUAACAAGAACAGACACACUCCAUACCACAUCCCACGAUCUCCCCACUACAACAUGCAGACCAGUCCAAGCACGCUUCAAAUGGGGAUGAACAUGUCAAGGUCUCCACACUACAGUAUGCAGUCUAACAGUCCAAACCCGCUGGAUACGAAUUGCCACAUGGUCUACCCUUCAUCCUCUCCACACCACCCACCAAACAGGACAUCGCCAGUAAGUCCAAUGCUGCUCCACAGCCCGAUAUCCCAGCAGAGCAAUCACAGUCAUCAGAGCAUGCCUAGUCCAGGUUCAUUGCAUAGUCCGACAUCGACAGGCACAGUCCGGUCUCCUGUGCCCUCGCCAGGAUAUCAUCAGGCUGUUGGAGGAAUGAGGUCGCCAUCAGACAUGCAGCAGAUGGCCAUGAGUCAGCAGAUGAGGACGAUGGCGGCCAGUCACAUGUCAUCACCAAUGGGGUCAUCGCCCCACAGGUCCUGCAGCAGUGGCACUUCCUCUUCACAGCAGCAGCAGCAUUAUUCAGUGAUUGGCUCGCCACAGAGUCAGCAGGAAACAACAGCGUACCACCCUGUUCCCAAGGGAGACAUCCAUGGCUCCUCGCAGUCUCAGCUCUACCACAACCCCUCUACCUCAUCGAGUCCAUAUGUUAGUGAGACAGGUUCAGAACCUGGGCAGGCCAGCACCUGUGUGUCGAAUCCUCUCCAGUCUCUCCAGAAGCUGGUGAUGCUGCCCGAGUCGCGUGUUGUUGAUCCCAAGAGUGUUGUCAAUGAUGCCUGCUUACCAUCUCCACAAAGUAACGAUGGUUCAAAAAACUGUGAUAGCUCUGCAGAUCGGCUGGGAGAGGACUACAGCGGAUCUGCAGAGUGUUCAAACACAGCUGACCGAGGUGUGAGCACCUCCGGUAAAAGUCCUCGUUGCCUUGACGGCAAGAAUUGCAGUGAUGGAGAACAGGAAGAGAAAAACUGCAAUUCAAAGAUAGGUGGCACAGCAAAAAAGAAUGCCUGCCAUGAAGCCACAGAGAAUUCUGUUGUGAACGAAACGCCCAGUAAUAAUUUAAAGAAUACUGAAAAUUUAGGCUCUGUUGAGGGAAAAGUUGAUAAUUUACAGCAUAAAAAUUCUGAAACUGUUUUUGGAAAAAAUACAGACCAGUGUCGUGCAUCAGAUUCUUCAGCUAUUAGUUGCAUAAGUAGUGAAUCAAAAUUGGUUAACGGUGAUGUUUUGUUGGAUAACAUGGAUAGUUCUUUAAGAAAUUCAGCACGGAAACAUCCUAAAACGAGAAUCAAGAAAAUGGCUAAGAAUAUUCCAGAAAAUAAGAAUGAUGUAGAUGAUAAUGCUAUUUCCAGUGCAGAUACCACAGUGUCAUGUAAUCGAGACAUGGCAAAAACCGACAAAUCUGACAGUGGUUUUCACACUCACGUUGGCAAUGGACCAUUGUCACAUAAGUAUGAAAUACUUGAAAAAAAUGAAAAUUCAAAAGAGGUAAAACCGAAUUCUGAAGAGUCUUGUGAAGGAGAAAGCAGAAGAAAUGAAACCAACAUUGGAUUAGAUAAUAAGAAGAUAAAUAAGACAAGUACAAAACCUUUGACUUUGGGAAGUGGCAAUAAGAAAAGUGAAAGCUCUUUUUGUUCAGGGUGGGGACUAUUUCUGAAGUCAACGGAAGAUUUUAAUGAUUUCGAACAAGAGUUGAGUGAUAGUGAAGAUUUUGAUGUUCCAGUAACAAAACCAUUUAGUUCUUCUCCAGUUAGGUCGGAUACAUCUUCUGUACAGAAACUUAAUUUUUCUAGCUCUCAGUCAGAAAACCCUUCUGUUAAAAAAUUGAAUGACAGUGAGGAAUACCCAGAUAAGAAGUGUAGUGAUGAAAGUAAAGUGGGAAAACUGCUAAGUAGAUCAAAACGAUUGCGUUCUGAUGAUGUCAAUGAUGUUUCAGCAAAGAAAAUUAAAUUAUCUGAAAAAUCUGACACUGUUCAAUCUCUGCCACCUAAGAAGUCGCUAAAAGGCAGAAUAAGGAAACUAAGUUCAUCGGAUUCAGUUGAAAUUAAAGAAAAAGAAACACUGAAAGAAAAUUUUGACCUUGAGCAUUCUAAAUUGAAUAAAUGCUUUGUGGAUCUAAGUUGUGAUCUGACCACUAAAAUUGUUUGUGUGCAGGAUUUAGACCUUGAAACCAUUAAGAAAGUGAGGCCCAGACGGAAAACUCAGCUCAAGAAUAGUUCUGAUGAUGGAACAGAAUCGAUGGUCGAUGCUGUAAAACAAAAGGAACAAAACCCAGUUGUGUGUAAUCCUUCGUGUAGAAAAAGUAAUCUAGAGCAAGAAAAAGAUUUAGCUGUUUUGUGUAAACAGGAAUCUGAAAUAGAUCAAAAUAUUAACAGUAGGAAAGUGGGUAUGGGCAGAAGAUCUUCCAGUAUUACAGAAGUGGUGAUUACUAAAGACAGUAGCACAAAGAAGGAAGAAGAUGUCGAUGAUUCCGAUGGUAGUGAUACAGAAAAUGAGGAACACAUUUUGGAAGGUGAUGAUUUGACCUCUGAGCAACGAAGCAGCAAAUCAAGUGAUGAACUUGAGCACAGCAGCAAGAAGAAUAUAUCGAGGAGAAAGCUUUCUCCAUUGAGAUUUGUAAAUUCCAAUUUUGUUAUGACAGAAAGCACUAAAGAUGGUAAUGCCAAGGAAGAGCAUCACAUGAAUUGUGGCAGUGACAAUGAAAGCGGUGAAAAAUUGGGGGGGAAUUUUGUUUCUACAAAAAGUAUUAAAGCUGAGGAAGACAGCAAUAGUAUGUCAGAUAAAGAAUUUAUUGAUGGUUUGAAAGUCAAAUAUGAGAACUGUGUCAGGAAUUCUCCUGCCGCUUGUAAGAACAGAAGAACUGUGGAAAGGGAAAGUACAAGACACAAGCAUUAUGAUCCCAAACAAGGUCAGUCAAUGUAUACUAAAAAUGGUAUCAAAAAACCCCACAACUCGAAAAACAAAACCAGAAAAGGAAUUAAAGAUCAGAAAAAGCAUAUUAAAUCCUUUGAAAGUUUGAACUUAUCAAAAAGAAUUGAAUCGGUCAGUCAAAAAAAGAAGAAAAAUAAUUCUAUGGGACCUUUUCUUCGAAUUGAAGGUACCAAACAGUUUCCAAAUGUUGUGAAAUUGUUCAAUCAGACACCUGUUGAUGACAAGGACUCAAAAUCGAGUAAAAACCACAAAACUGGGUUUGUGUCUGUGCCAACAAUUCAGGUUUCUAAUAUUCCGUCGGACAAGUCUGUGAUGCUUUGGUUCAAUCGAAUACUUUCAGAAGAGUCUUGGUUGUGUGCAUUAUGUGGUAGACAAACGAGUCACAAGUCCCUCGGGGACCUGUUUGGACCGUAUUAUCUCGAGAGUCACUUGCCUCUGGUUAAAGCUGAAGACAGUAACAAAAAGGAAACACACGUUCAGUCUAAAAGUGGCACUGAACCAAAGACUGAGCCUACGCGAAGCACUCGGCGCCGACCGAGCGAUAGACGCUUGAGUGCAGUUCAGGAAGUUAAACAUCCACCGGCACCAAAACCUGUCGAGGUGUGGGUGCAUGAGGAUUGUGUCUUGUGGGCAGACGGUGUCUUUCUGAUUGGAUCAAAGAUUUAUGGACUCGAAGAGGCUGUCAAAGUGGCUUGCUCUACUGUAUGUUCAAGUUGCAAAGAAAAUGGUGCUAUGGUUGGGUGUCUUUACAAAGGUUGCAGUCAGAAGUAUCACUUUGUGUGUGCAGUAGAGAAAGCCUGCUUGUUGGACGAAGAAAGGUUUUCAUUACUCUGUCCAAAGCAUAAGGCUCUUCAGGAAAAGAAACUUAAAUCUGCAGCCUCCACAAGCAAGUCAUGACAGUUAGUUUCAUUCCAAGGAAACAAUAUUUGUAAGAAUGUAUAAUUGAGGUUUCCUUGCUCUCGUGGUCUUGUUCAUUUGGAGUUCUUCCAGUCGUGCAUUCAUGGAAUACAGUUUGCAGAGAAACAGUUAUCUCCCUUGAUACCAAAAAUUACUAUAGCCACUAUUAUGAAGAUACAUGAAUGGCAUACAAAUUCUUACAACAAAACAGAGCAUUUAUAAUGAAGAUGUAUUCUUCAGCAUUAAGCCUUUUUUUAAAAACAAAUUUCAUCAUUUUGAAAGUUGUUACUUAAUUUCAUUAGUAUUCUCAUUUGGAAUGUGUUUGGGGCAUUUGAGAAACCUUUUUCUUAUUCUGAAAGCUAAAAGCAUGUGACCUCAAGGUAAAAUAAGAUUUUAAAGUGGAUAAAAUAAACCUGCUAACAGCCAUUAACAAUUGUUGGUAACGGGUUAAAAACACAAACCCUGAAAAGAAUAUGUUUUUGUUUUUAAGCAUUUAUUAUCUCUUAAAUCUGGUAAAACUGGCUUUUACUGGGAAAAUUUCUCUUGGUCUGAUGAAACAAAGUAGAUAACAAACCAAUUUAACCAGGAAGAGAAACAUAUAGAAUAAAUUUUUAUUCUAACUGUAUUGAGUACUUGUAGAUAAAUCUGGGCGUGUACUUGUAGCUAGAAUCUGCAUUCGAGACUUGGCAAAGUCUCCAGGCUUUAACUACAUACUAUUUUGUAUGGGUAUGACUUUAUUGAAACCUCUAGUUUAUGCUUGUGUUCUGUCCUAGCCUGGAUCAAUUUUUAAUUUUAAAUAUUAGUAGUUGGGCAUAACUAGUGACGAUUGAUGAAAAGAUGAACUGGCGUACAUGCUGGUAAAUUAUUUCAGAUGGCUAAAAUUUGGGGCAUUAUUAUUUUUUAUUUUGUUAUAUCUGCCUCAGAAGUGUAUUGGUAAAACCUUGGCAGUAUAGUGGUUAAAUCUUGACGGUGUAAUGGAUAAACCGUAGCAGUGUAGUGGUUAAACCUUGGUGGUGUAGUGGUUAAACCUCGGCAAUGUAGUGGUUAAUACUCAGCAAUGUAGUGGUUAAACCUUGACAAUGUAGUGGUUAAACCUCGACAGUGUAGUGGUUAAACCUCAACAGUGUAGUGGUUAAACCUCGACAGUGUAGUGGUUAAACCUCGACAUUGUCGUGGUUAAACCUCGAUAGUGUAGUGGUUAAACCUCGACAUUGUAGUGGUUAAACCUCGCCAGUGUAGUGGUUAAACAUCGACAUUGUAGUGGUUAAACCUCGCCAGUGUAGUGGUUAAACCUCGACGUUGUAGUGGUUAAACCUCGGCUGUGUAGUGGUUAAACCUCGACAUUGUAGUGGUUAAAUCUCGGCGGUGUAGUGGUUAAACCUCGGCAGUGUUGUGGUUAAACCUCAGCAGUGUUGUGGUUAAACUAUGCCAUUCAGGCAGAAAUGUGCUGGGUUUCCAUCUCAGUACCAGUUACAACAAAAAGGCAUCAUCUUUGUAAACCAAGCGUCCAAUUCUGUGACAUUACUCAGUACCCAUGGUGUCAGUUUUCCGAUGUCAGAAGUUCUUCAGUUUUAUUUGAUACAAUAAAACCCAGAUGUGUGAAUCACAUCAUCUGUUAAAUUUUAGUUGUAUGGUAAACAUCCAAGAAUUUGCAUUGGACACAAUUUGUUCACCAUAAACUGCAAAAGACGUCAGUAUUUGAAUUCAAAUGACAUCACAUGUCCCUACUAACAACUUGCAAAGUGAAAUUACUAUUGGAAUUUUUUGUUCAGUUAUUAUGAAUGCAUCCAAUUGUGUUUGAAUAAACUAUAUAAGUAGACAUUUUUUCUUGUUAAGUGUUAAUUAUGCUGUGAUUGGUCAGCAGUGCCAUUAUCUAUUGGACAUAAUCAAAUGUCACUAGGGGACCUUACUGUGUUUGCCAAGGGUACAUAUCAAGUAGGUAUGGAAUAGGACCCUUGGUUUGCGAAGAUGUGGGGAUGAGCUAGACCACCAAGUUCUCUUUCAAUGACAAAUUAAUCAUUAACUGCUGUCCGGGGUAGGUGUCUAAGACCGUGUGCUUCAAACUUAAGUUGGCAUGAGCACAAAAAAUAGAUUAAAAUUUAAAAUAUUGCAUUUUGAUUAUUAAACUUCAGUUAAAUUUGUUCUGAAUGUGCUUUCAUACAGGUUUAGUUUCUGGGGGAUUUAAACCAAUCUACAUGAAAUGUUUUCAAGGGGCAUGGGUUUGUAUAUAAAUAUAAUUAUGGAUUAAAUCUGAUGCAUUUCUUAAAAGAAAAUAACAUUUAUCGUAUUCCCAAGUACUUCCCAACAAGAAAAGUAUUUUGGACUUCAGAUUCUCAAUUAAAAAAAAAUCUCUUCAUCUUUUCUGUAAUGCAUAUAAUUAGAAUAAUAAUAAAAUUGAAAUAAAAACACGCAUGACACCUCGUACUGAGUUUUAGGUUGAAGACCCCUCGCUCUUACCAAUAUUUUGUGACGUCCAUGUAGGACUGGUAUUGCAGGGUUUAGAGUGAUGGUUUUCUACUGUAUAUCCCUUGCUACAGUGUGUCAUGUUAUUGAAAAUAAUUUUACAAAAUAAAACUUUAAUCUGUUAGGUGAAACUGAUCAAACAUUUUAUUAAAUAGCCCACCAAAAGACUAUAGAGAAUCUGUUGAUCAAUAAUCAUUAAUGUUCCUUUUCAAGUUGAUAAAAUUGAAAAAGAUGGUUGCAGUUCUAAAAUCUUUGUAAUUUUUAUGCAGACAGUUAUUGUAAAACUUGUUAAAGGGACAUUCCUGAGUUUGCUGCAUUAUAAGAUGUUUCCGCCUAAUAAAAUAUUUCUCCGAUUAAACUUACAUACUAAAUAUAUUUUCUGGUUUAGAAUAUCAGUGUCUGUA